ACACUUUUGAGGUGUAUUAUGGGUAAAGUUAGUCAUGCCCAGGCUUCCUACGUCUUGCGUUCUCCCAAGAUGGCGGCUGGGCCGGCAUCUCUGGUUACCUCUAAAUGGAUUAGGGCUGCUUUUGCGAUUGCAACCAAAUUGCACUUGGGUAAUACAUCUCUUAACGGCAGCAGCUUUACUCGUUUUUCCACCAAGUCAGCUCUCCCUGUUCUUACUUUGUACACCAAGCAUGUCUGCCCACUUUGUGAUGAAGCCAAGGUUGCCAUAGAGAGCUACAGACACAGGUUUCAGUUUGAAGAAGUGGACAUCAAAGCAAAAGGAAAUGAAACAUGGUUUGAGAAAUACAGAUAUGAAAUUCCUGUAUUCCAUUUAAAUGGAUCAUUUCUCAUGAAGCACAGGGUGAAUGAAGAGGUAUUGGAGAGGGAAUUAAGUAAAUUUGAAGAACAACAAAGAGGCUAGAGAAAGAUGACCUUCAAAGAAUAAGAUAAUACCAUACUUCACAGCAUCACAAUAGGAAAUCAUCUAAAACUGCUUUUCUAAGAUUGGCAAAGAGUACUCUCCAGAAGAGAAAGGAGUUACUUUUAAGGUAUAGAAAGUGAGGGUAAUGUGCGUGUCUUUCCCAAGAAAAUGUUACAAUGACUUAUCCUGCUCAAAAUGAACUCUUUUUGAUCAAAUUCUUGUAGUAAAGUCAAAAUUACAUGCAAUGUUCAACUGAAUAUUUAUGUCUUCUGAUCAGUCUUCAAAUAGUGAAAGAAAGUGGAAAGCUUUAUUACAAUAUUUUCUUUUCUUAUGGGACUGCAAAAACAUUAUAAUUUCUUUAAUAAGUGUUUUGCAUAAUAAGUUGCAAGGAAAAUCAAUAUUUGACAUUAAAUAAAACUAAUAUACUGUAUAACUAAUAAAUAAUUUAUAUACUACAAUUUUCUUGUUGUCACUUAUAUGUCUAACAACUCCUUGACAAUUACUAAUACUUACAAAAUGGACAAGCAUCACCUUAGGUGAAAAUAUCAUAUUUAUCCUUAAAAGUUAAAAAGUUUCUUUAAUUUAAGUAAAUAUAGAGUAGUUUGUAUGAUGACUAGCUUAUAAUUUCUCCUACAGUAUCACUCCUGAAUCAAAAACUGAGGUCAUGAGAAUAAAGGAUUUAAAAUAAUUCUCCUUGUCAGCAUCUUAGGAAAUGUAUAGAGAACAGUAUGGAGAAUAUGCAUACUGAUGUUGGGGUGUAAAUUAACACACUUAGUGACUUACACUGCCCUUUAAGUCAUCAGGAGCAAGACUAAAACUAAUGAAGACUCGAUUCAAAUUCAAGGAAUAUGAUACUAGCAAACUCCAGGUAGUAAGGAAAAGGAAAAUUGAUGCACCAUGCAUGGGACUGCAGUGUUUUGUAUUUAAAUCUACAGGUUUUUUUCGAAUUAAGCUAUUUCUGCACAUACAAUUUCUUAAGAAAGUUUGGCGCACAGA